AUGACCAUCUACGCAACUGUUGCUUCCGCACUGCUAUUGCUAAGCGCUCUUCGAUCUGUUGUUGCGACGCACGAGCACUUGGAAGUCAACUCCACGAGUGGGCUCAUCGUCGGUCAUAGGGCGCAGAACCGAACCAAAACCUUCGAGUUUCUGGGCGUCAAGUACGGCCAGGCGCCUGUUGAGAGCCUUCGCUUUGCCGCUCCCAUACGGUACAUGGCGCCUGCAGGUACAGUGUACAAUGCCUCCAGCUGGGUACCACUCCACACUCGUUCCGCCCGUGCGUUUAUGUCCAUGUGCUUACCAUCUCAUCGACAGCAUGCCGACUGUCCCGCGAACAUCCCCCCGAAAUCCACGUACCCCAACUUCACCGGCAAGGGCUUCGCCGUCUACAACCAGUUCACCGCGCAUCUGGGCAACCCACAAAAUGUCGGCGUGUCGAACAAGCCGGUCUUCGUAUUCUUCCAUGGUGGCCGCUUCACCAUUCCUGGUCCUCACAGCCCGUUCUAUAACGGGCAAUAUCUCGCCGAUACAGAAGACGUGGUCGUCGUCACGAUCAAUUAUCGCCUUGGCAUUUUCGGCUUCUCAGGCGCCCCUGGGCUGGAGCAAAACGUCGGCCUCCGCGAUCAGCGCUCUGCUGUGGAAUGGGUGCGAGACAACAUUGCCGGGUUUGGCGGCGACUGCGAGCGCAUUAUCAUCCUCGGCCAGUCUGCUGGGGCCUCUUCGGUCGACUACUAUGCCUACGCUCACCCGGACGACCCGAUCGUAGCUGGCUUGAUCUCCCACUCGGGAACCGCUUUCAGCUUUAUCCCCAACAACGUUUCCUAUUCGCAAUCACUGUUCUACAAUGUUUCCGGCACGCUCGGCUGCGGCGACAGCUCUGCGGAUUCAGCGGCGGUCGUGGAGUGUGUUCGCAGCAAGAAUACCACCGAAGUUCUUGCAGCUGCACGCUUCGCUCCAGCUCUGCCCACCACGGCGCUCGCUCAAGCCACCUUCCAUCCAGCUGUGGACAAUGUCACCGUCUUCUCUGACUAUCUACCCCUUGCCAAAUCGGGUGCGUUCGCCAAGAUCCCCUAUCUGGCUGGAAACUGCAACUAUGAAGCGGGCUUCUACCGCGUUGGCGCCUACGCCGCCAAUAUCACGCUGACCUCGGCGCAAUGGCAGCUCUUCAACCAACGCGCGUUCACGUGCCCCACAAAGUACGCCACCGAUGCCCGCGCUCAGCACGGCGUCCCGACAUGGCGUUACCGCUAUAUGGCCGACUGGGAAAACUUACGGCUCUACCCUGCGUGGCGCGACUAUCCCGAUAGCGGCACAUACCAUGGUGCGGAUAUGGACAUGCUCUUCGGCACCGCAUACGACGUGACGGGGCGGCGAAACAGCUUGCAAGAAGAACUGGCGUCGCGCUACUUCAUGGGCGCAUGGGCUGCCUUCGGCCGUGACCCGCGGGCGGGUCUCGAGGUAUACGGCUGGCCAAUGUCCAGAUCCAAUACGUCGAGCUUACUUCGGCUUGCGUACGACAACCAGGCCGUCCCCAGCAUCGUCAGCCCUGAUGUGUACGACUCUUCGUGUCCGCCGGUGGAUGAGAACAACCCUCUUCCCGGACGAGGGGCUUUCUAG